CCAAACACCCCAUUCAUACGUGCGCGAGGCUCUUAUUUCGUAAACCCUAGAAACUCAUAACCAAAUUCAAAUGUCAGACUACAUACCACUCCAGAUCCAAUCGGAAAUCACCAAAAUCAGAAUGUUAGACUACAUUCCACUCGAGAUCCAAUCGGAAAUCUUCAAAAAACUUCCUGUCAAAUCGUUGAUCCAGUUACGUUCAGUCUCUAAAACAUGGAAAUCCCUGAUCGAUAGCUCGGCUUUUAUCGCUUCUUAUAGCAGCCAACAGCGACAUCUGCUCGCAUAUCAUGAUCGAGAACACAGGUAUGAUUCGAUCGUGGAUGAUGAUACUUUUCCUAAUAAAAAAGUUACAGUAACCAUUCCGGUUAAUCAACAAAAAGAUUAUGACAUAAUCGGCUGCUCUCAUGGCUUGUUGUGUUUGUAUGGUGAGUUUGGCCGUUACGUCCCUAGGUGUAAAGCAAUCAUUUGGAAUAUAUCAGUUAGAAAAGCGGUUACUGUUGUUGUACCGAAAAUGGGAGUUGGGUUACAUAAAGCCUUUGGUUUUGGGGUUUGUUGUGGGACUUGUGACCCUAAGAUUGUUAAGAUUACAUAUAAUGAUACCGAACUUAUGACUAGUAACCGUUGGCAUGCUGAGGUUUUUUCGUUAAGCACGGGGGCUUGGAGACGUCAUGGAAAUCCCCCUCGUAACUCUAUUCAAUUCCCAUGUUUUCGGAUAGCUGUAGCUGUAGAUGGAGGUCUCUAUUGGCUUGCUUUCAAUAGGAUUCCUAUAGAUGGAGGGUUUCGGUCAGAUAAUUUGAUUAUUUCAUUUGAUCUGACGAGUGAAGAAUUUGGAGAAGUAAAUCUUCCGGAUAGUCUUGCACAAUGUUCUCAUUCUAGUUUGUCAAUCUUCAAGCUACGGGAGUCUCUUGUUGUGCAUGCUUUUGAUUUUCCAUGUUCCGUUGUAUGGAUGAUGAACGAUGACGUACCAAAAACGUUUACAAAGCUGUUCACUAUUAACCUACCAGUGUGUGUAAUAGUUAGGGGAUUUCGGAAGAGUGGUGAACCUAUAUAUGAAACUGUAAAAGAGCACCAAGAGAUUGGUGGACGACUUGCUGUCUGUGAGCCAAACUCAAAAAACAUGGUUGAUCUUGGGAUUGAUGAAGCGUUUUCGUUUUCUGUGUUUCCCUACACCGAAACACUACUUCUGCUUGAUAAGCCAGAUGUUAAUGACUUUUGAAAGUGCACAGCUAAAAGCAAAAGGCUUUUGGAGCAUACAAGCAAUGUCUAGAGAUUGAGGGGCAAAUACUCGACAUGUUUUGGCUUCAUAACUAACAUCACUUCAUAUCGGGGGCGGACCCAUAUAGAGCAGGCCAGGGUCCCCGGACCCCAAUGUUUUUAAAUUUUACAAGGACCCCAUAAAUACAAUUUGAUGGACACCAUAGAAAGAAAAGGAAAGCUGGUGUAGUGGUAAGCCUCCCUCUUUACCAACAAGAGGUCAUGUGUUCAAUCCUUCUAUAGCCUAUUUUUCUGGUUUUUUAAAUCUAAUUCAAACCUCGCUCUUACCCAACCCGAACGAGGACCAACCCGAAAAUUUUAAUGUUUUGUUAUGAUAAUUUUGAACGCCGAAAAAAAUGGACCCCAUUAGAAAAAAAUCCUGGGUCCGCCACUGAACAUUGGAGUCACUGAAUGACAAGAACUCAUGUUUGUUAACUGCUAAAACGUGUAAAUAGAAUAAAAUCAUUUCUUCAACUAUUAUGUAACAUUAAUUAUGCUUAUUUCACCUUGCCACAUUGUUGCUGCAAAUGGUGCUUAUAGUAGGGCUAUUCUUUGUUGUGGAUCAUAGGCAAUUCUGAUCCAAAGGCUUUGAUAUGGGUCAUUUUGGGUUAUUUAUAAAAUACUAUGGGUGGGUUUGGGUAGAGUAAUUUAAGUCUAAGGGUUGAAAUGGGUUAAAUAAAAAAACAAAAAAAGUUUCUACGAGUCCGCCGGCAAACCCCCUACCCUCCGCCGGCAUCUCCGCUUUACCACACUCCGCCGAUCAAGACGACGCCAUUCGCCAUCUCAAAAAUUCACUUGUUUCCAGAUUACAAGUCCUAAAGCGGAAGCCUCUCCGGCGGUAUCUUCCCGGUAUAUUCUUCGAUUCUCCCAUCAUAUCCUUCGGUUCUUAAUAAUUAGUUUCUGAAUGUUUGUAUGCUUCUGGGUCUGUUUCUGUUUUGUUAGUUGUUGAUGUUUGUAUUAUUAUAGAAGAAAGAUAUUGAAUUGUGUUAAGUGGUUAUUGGUUUUAUUUAAUAUGCAACAUAUGGUAGGAGUUAUGGAGGUUUAUUUGCUUGAAAUUUAGGUUUUUAUUAGUCUAGCUUCUUCUCUAAGCAAACUACAAGCAUUUAUGACUUGAAUUGGUGAUAUUUUAGAUUGAAAGGUGUGUAUCGGGUGCUGUUGGUUGCUGGUUUGUGUAGAUGAUAAGUAGUGGGAGGUAAAAUGAUAGAUACAUUAUAGUAAGUAAGCAAACGAUAAAAAGCACAUGCUUCGAGAGGUAAAAUGAUAUGUUUUAAGCUAGAUAGUUAGUGUAAAGGGUGAUCUUGUCGGCUUGUCACCUGGCGCUGAAAAAGUGCACACUUGAGACAAGCGAAGCGCGCGUGUAUUACAUACUAUUUUAGCUGUUUUAGACUGGUUACAGGCCAUUUUUAGCUGUUUCAGACAGGUUCAGACAUGUUUUUUCAUGUUCAGUGUGCUUGUGCGCCUUGCUGCAGUCAAGGUGGUUUGGCUGAGCCGCGCCUCACUGCGCCUUUGACCACAUAGGUUUCAAAUACUUUCUGGGCAUACAAUGAACCAUUUAUACAAGAAGCAGUUAUGUUGGGCCAAAAAUGAAUUUCUACCCGAGAUAGCAGGUCACUGACGCGUUCACCAAGUUUCCAUUUUGUUUAAGCCUUUAGGGGUGUAAUAUCCAUAUUGAUAUUUCAUCACCUGGAAUCUUAUAGCUGUUUUAAUUUUCGUCUAUGAUACACAAACAGAAUGUGAUCACCAAAUAUGCAUUAUUUUAAAAUAUCUAAUUCUCAUAUAUCCAUUGAAGUUAAUCUUUAAAUUUAUUGCUCAUUUUCUAUAUUUCCCCCAAUUACCAUCAUUCU